AUGACUCCUCCUGAACACAGGGUUUCAGAGUUGAAUGCAUCAACCAUGUUCUGGAGGAUCCGUGUGAAAAUCCUGAGAAAAUGGUUCGAGUACUCGAGACGAUCACGUCGAACUAUGGAGAUGGUGUUUUGUGAUGACCAGGGAUCAAUGAUUCAUGCUAUUGUAUCCAAACGCCACAUUCACUUAUUCGAUGAUAUGUUCGAGGAGAUGCAGUGGAGAAUCGUCCAAUUUUUUAAGGUAGACAUAUCAUAG